UUAUGUCAAUAUCGUUAUUUGACAAUGAAUACGGUGGAAUUUGCGUUGCCAAAAGAAGCAACUUCUGCAGAUUUGAGUGGUAUUAAAUAUAUUGCGGGUGGAUCGUUUGGCAACGUUAUAAAAGUACCGCAAUACGUCUGUAGAGAUGGUAAGCAGAUUUGUGUUGCUAUCAAAAAACUUUAUGAACCAUUUCGAGAUGUCAAAAAUGCUCAACGAGUGUUCAGGGAAAUAAAAUUGCUGCAAAUGAUGAUACACGAGAAUAUCGUGAAACUGGUCGAUUUAUAUACACCCGAUACAUCACCGUCAUCCUUACAAAAUGUGUAUAUUGUAAGCGAGUAUGCCGGAAGGAGUCUUAGUGAAAUUUUGGAAUGGCAAAAAGAGAUGGGUAUUGUAAGGCUAACACCACCUCACAAUAAAUUCAUCAUAUAUCAAUUGCUGAGAGCAUUGAAAUAUAUCCAUUCAGCAGGUGUGAUUCAUCGUGAUCUAAAGCCGGGCAAUUUGGCACUAACAGCGGACUGUGAUUUAUCAGUGUUGGAUUUCGGACAGGCUCGAACGUUGAACAACGACGAUACGCCUCUGUCGGCAUAUGUGAUGACACGUUGGUAUCGCAGUCCUGAAGUUAUUUAUUGGAAAGUGGAUUCGUAUGAUACACAAGCUGAUAUGUGGUCGGUUGGAUGUAUCCUUGCUGAACUCAGCCUUGGACGGCCACUUUUUCCCGGUGAUGACUCAAUGGCUCAGUAUCGUCUGAUAACCGAAUUGUGUGGAAGUCCAGAUAAGGAUUUAUUAGCGAAAUUAUCACAUAAUGAAGCGAUUGUGAAUGUCAUUAAGCACCUCGGUGAAUACAAACGAAAAAAUUUUAUGGAGUAUUUUGGAAAUUCAUUUUCUCCAGAUUUGAUCAAAUUUUUAGAUAAGAUACUCGUUUUAGACCCGGAGAAAAGAAUGACGGUACAAGAAGCAUUAGAAGAUGCGUAUUUACGUGACUAUCAUGCGCCUGAUGAUGAACCAGUUGCUAGUGAAGCAUUUGUCAUCAAUGAAUGUAACGAUCAUCAAAAGACACUUCAACAGUGGAAACGUAACUUCAUUUAA